GGCGUGCUGUGGCGCGCCUGCGUAGGCGACGCGCCGAGGGACGAGGCCGAGCCGCUGAACUGCUGCCAGGUUCGCUCCGGGUCCACGCCGCCCGCCCCGCGUCCUCCGCCGCCGCCGCCGCUGCCAUGGGAGUGCAGGUGGAGACCAUCUCCCCCGGAGACGGGCGCACCUUCCCGAAGCGCGGCCAGACCUGCGUGGUGCACUACACCGGGAUGCUUGAAGAUGGAAAGAAAUUUGAUUCCUCCCGGGACAGAAACAAGCCUUUUAAGUUUAUGCUAGGCAAACAAGAGGUGAUCCGAGGCUGGGAAGAAGGGGUGGCCCAGAUGAGUGUGGGUCAGAGAGCUAAGCUGACGAUCUCUCCAGACUAUGCCUAUGGAGCCACUGGGCACCCUGGCAUCAUCCCACCACAUGCCACUCUCGUGUUUGAUGUGGAGCUUCUAAAACUGGAAUGACAGAAGUGGCCUCUUUCUUUAGUUCUCUGCACAUGGAUCUGCCAUGGAGGGAUCUGGGGCCUCCGAGACGUGUGCACAUGAAUCCAUGAGGAGCUUUUCCUGAUGUCCCACUCCACUCUUUGUAUAGACAUCUACCCGACUGAAUGUGUUCCGUCAUUCAGCUUUGCUUCAGACACCUCUGUGUCCUCUUCCCUUUUCUUGUAUGUGUUGACCUAAACGAUAUGCCAUAAACCUCAAGUUACUCAUUUUGUUUUGGGGUGAAGAUUCAGUUUCCAUCUUUUGGAUCUAGGUUUCCAGUUAAGUAUAUUGUCAAGUAUUAACAGCACAAGUGGUGGGUUAACUUUAGAA